GACUCGGGUAGGCUGCAAACGCUGGGGAGAUGCCACAGGAGCGCCUGCCUUCCCAGCUUCUCCUUUCUCUCGCCGAGGGUCUCUGGGGUUCAGCGCUCCCGGCGUUUCGGCGACCUCCGGGUCCGCCCUGUCCCCUCCCAGCUGGGGAGCUGAGCCCGGCUCUGCGCCCAUCGCCCACCCCACGCCGACCCCGGCCACUCUCCCUUCGCUGCUCGCUCCAAGAGCGCCUGUCCCGCCCCGCGGGGCGACUUCUCCCUUUCGGCCCUGGGGGUGAAGAUCCUGUGUGGGGCAGCUGCGCCUUCGGGACAGCCCCAGCCGCGGAGCGCCCAGACCAGGGCAGCCGGAGUCGGGUCAUACGCCGCACGCCGCCGGGGCCGCCGCACCUGAGCCCAGCUCCAGUCACGCCGGAAGCGCGGGCGGAGCGCACGGGUCCGGGGAGAGCCGCCUGCGCCCGCGAGGGGGACCCAAGUACCUAGGGUGGUGGCCGAGUCCCGCCUCCCGCCAGCGGGGGCGAGGACCUGCGACGCGCACCCCUGCCUGGCCCGGUCACCUCAGCACCAGCCCCAUUCACACCCGACUUCCUCAGCUUCUCGCCCUUACCCUGCCAACUUCCCUGCGAGGAGGAAUCUGCCGCCAGCCUGCUUCCUCGGCCGCAGGCCCUGCGCUGAACGCUGCCGCGCCCAGGGUUCACCUUGCGCCGUCGGGAAAGCCCGUGAACUCUCCAGAAACGGCGUAAAGGAGGGUCCCGCCGCGGCGCAGGGCUGGGGCUCCUGGGUUCCCCCUGGGUGGAGCAGCGGCAGCAGAGCGGGAAAGUGGUGGAGGAUGAUCUUGCGGCCAAAGGGGACCUCGGCGCAGUAAUGUCAACAUGAUGUUUCGCUCAGAUCGAAUGUGGAGCUGCCAUUGGAAAUGGAAGCCCAGUCCUCUCCUGUUCUUAUUUGCUUUAUAUAUCAUGUGUGUUCCUCACUCAGCAGUGUGGGGAUGUGCCAACUGCCGAGUGGUUUUGUCCAACCCUUCUGGGACCUUUACUUCUCCAUGCUACCCUAACGACUACCCAAACAGCCAGGCUUGCAUGUGGACGCUCCGAGCCCCCACCGGUUAUAUCAUUCAGAUAACAUUUAACGACUUUGACAUUGAAGAAGCUCCCAAUUGCAUUUAUGACUCAUUAUCCCUUGAUAAUGGAGAGAGCCAGACUAAAUUUUGUGGAGCAACUGCCAAAGGCCUAUCAUUUAACUCAAGUGCGAAUGAGAUGCAUGUGUCCUUUUCAAGUGACUUUAGCAUCCAGAAGAAAGGUUUCAAUGCCAGCUACAUCAGAGUUGCCGUGUCCUUAAGGAAUCAAAAGGUCAUUUUACCCCAGACAUCAGAUGCUUACCAGGUAUCUGUUGCAAAAAGCAUCUCCAUUCCAGAGCUCAGUGCUUUCACACUCUGCUUUGAAGCAACCAAAGUUGGCCAUGAAGACAGUGAUUGGACAGCUUUCUCCUACUCAAAUGCAUCCUUCACACAAUUGCUCAGUUUUGGAAAGGCCAAGAGUGGCUACUUUCUAUCCAUUUCUGAUUCAAAAUGUUUGUUGAAUAACGCAUUACCUGUCAAAGAAAAAGAAGACAUUUUUGCAGAAAGCUUUGAGCAGCUCUGCCUUGUUUGGAAUAAUUCUUUGGGCUCUAUUGGUGUAAAUUUCAAAAGAAACUAUGAAACAGUUCCAUGUGAUUCUACCAUUAGUAAAGUUAUUCCUGGGAAUGGGAAAUUGUUGUUGGGCUCCAAUCAAAAUGAAAUUGUCUCUCUAAAAGGGGACAUUUAUAACUUUCGACUUUGGAAUUUUACCAUGAAUGCCAAAAUCCUCUCCAACCUCAGCUGUAAUGUGAAAGGGAAUGUAGUCGACUGGCAAAAUGACUUCUGGAAUAUCCCAAACCUAGCUCUGAAAGCUGAAAGCAACCUAAGCUGUGGUUCCUACCUGAUCCCACUCCCAGCAGCAGAACUGGCCAGCUGUGCAGACCUGGGGACCCUCUGUCAAGCUACUGUAAACUCUCCUAGUACUACACCACCCACUGUCACCACUAACAUGCCUGUUACUAACAGAAUCGAUAAACAAAGGAAUGAUGGAAUUAUCUAUAGAAUAUCCGUAGUGAUUCAGAACAUCCUUCGUCACCCUGAGGUAAAAGUACAGAGCAAGGUGGCAGAAUGGCUCAAUUCAACCUUCCAAAAUUGGAACUACACGGUUUAUGUUGUUAAUAUCAGUUUUCACCUGAGUGCUGGAGAGGACAAGAUUAAAGUCAAGAGAAGCCUUGAGGAUGAGCCAAGGUUGGUGCUUUGGGCCCUUCUAGUUUACAAUGCUACCAACAAUACUAAUUUAGAAGGAAAAAUCAUUCAGCAGAAGCUCCUAAAAAAUAAUGAGUCCUUGGAUGAAGGCUUGAGGCUACAUACAGUGAAUGUGAGACAACUGAGUCAUUGUCUUGCCAUGGAGGAACCCAAAGGCUACUACUGGCCAUCUAUCCAACCUUCUGAAUACGUUCUUCCUUGUCUAGACAAGCCUGGCUUUUCUGCUUCGCGGACAUGUUUUUACAAUGCUACCAACCCAUUGGUAACCUACUGGGGACCUGUUGAUAUCUCCAACUGUUUAAAAGAAGCAAAUGAAGUUGCUAACCAGAUUUUAAAUUUAACUGCUGAUGGGCAGAACUUAACCUCAGCCAAUAUUACCAACAUUGUGGAACAGGUCAAAAGAAUUGUGAAUAAAGAAGAAAACAUUGAUAUAACACUUGGCUCAACUCUAAUGAAUAUAUUUUCUAAUAUCUUAAGCAGUUCAGACAGUGACUUGCUUGAGUCAUCUUCUGAAGCUUUAAAAACAAUUGAUGAAUUGGCCUUCAAGAUAGACCUAAAUAGCACAUCACAUGUGAAUAUUACAACUCGGAACUUGGCUCUCGGCGUAUCAUCCCUGUUACCAGGGACAAAUGCAAUUUCAAAUUUUAGCAUUGGUCUUCCAAGCAAUAAUGAAUCGUAUUUCCAGAUGGAUUUUGAGAGUGGACAAGUGGAUCCACUGGCAUCUGUAAUUUUGCCUCCAAACUUACUUGAGAAUUUAAGUCAAGAAGAUUCUGUAUUAGUUAGAAGAGCACAGUUUACUUUCUUCAACAAAACUGGACUUUUCCAGGAUGUAGGACCCCAAAGAAAAACCUUAGUGAGUUAUGUGAUGGCGUGCAGUAUUGGAAACAUUACUAUCCAGAAUCUGAAGGAUCCUGUUCAAAUAAAAAUCAAACAUACAAGAACUCAGGAAGUGCAUCAUCCCAUCUGUGCCUUCUGGGAUCUGAACAAAAACAAAAGUUUUGGAGGAUGGAACACGUCAGGAUGUGUUGCACACAGAGAUUCAGAUGCAAGUGAGACAGUCUGCCUGUGUAACCACUUCACACACUUUGGAGUUCUGAUGGACCUUCCAAGAAGUGCCUCACAGUUAGAUGCAAGAAACACUAAAGUCCUCACUUUCAUCAGCUAUAUUGGGUGUGGAAUAUCUGCUAUUUUUUCAGCAGCAACUCUCCUGACAUAUGUUGCUUUUGAGAAAUUGCGAAGGGAUUAUCCCUCCAAAAUCUUGAUGAACCUGAGCACAGCCCUGCUGUUCCUGAAUCUGCUCUUCCUCCUAGAUGGCUGGAUCACCUCCUUCAAUGUGGAUGGACUUUGCAUUGCUGUUGCAGUCCUGUUGCAUUUCUUCCUUCUGGCAACCUUUACCUGGAUGGGGCUAGAAGCAAUUCACAUGUACAUUGCUCUAGUUAAAGUAUUUAACACUUACAUUCGCCGAUACAUUCUAAAAUUCUGCAUCAUUGGCUGGGGUUUGCCUGCCUUAGUGGUGUCAGUUGUUCUAGCGAGCAGAAACAACAAUGAAGUCUAUGGAAAAGAAAGUUAUGGGAAAGAAAAAGGUGAUGAAUUCUGUUGGAUUCAAGAUCCAGUCAUAUUUUAUGUGACCUGUGCUGGGUAUUUUGGAGUCAUGUUUUUUCUGAACAUUGCCAUGUUCAUUGUGGUAAUGGUGCAGAUCUGUGGGAGGAAUGGCAAGAGAAGCAACCGGACCCUGAGAGAAGAAGUGUUAAGGAACCUGCGCAGUGUGGUUAGCUUGACCUUUCUGUUGGGCAUGACAUGGGGUUUUGCAUUCUUUGCCUGGGGACCCUUAAAUAUCCCCUUCAUGUACCUCUUCUCCAUCUUCAAUUCAUUACAAGUUGUAGAUGUCUGGGGAAGAAAUUGCUGAAUAUAUCUGAGCUGGGGUGGAAAGCAGAUUUGUAUUACUCACCAAAUGAGGUGCCAAGGUGGGUACUCCCUGCAAGUGUGUUUUAAGAAAGUCUGUACUUAUCUGCAGGGGAGAGUUGGUUACUGCUUAUCUCCCAUGCUCUUCCACUAGCUUGUGAAGUGCAAAAAAAAUUGUCACAUGGUAGGUGCUUAAUGAUUGGUAAAUUAAUGGAUUGCUAGAUGGAGAAAGAGGCUUUGGGGAUGGCCUAUUCCAAUCUGAGAUGCCUCUGGCAUAAAUAUGUAUUAACUAGUUCAGCAAAUUUUAUUCAGGUUCAUUGUCUUAUAACAAAGGAAGUAUGUAGGCUCAUUAUCUUUAGUCCAUAGAAUAAGCCUCAAGUGCAACUCCAAAAAUUGGAAAAUGAGUAUGUAGCAUAUAAACACAUCUUUAUUGGGAUCUAGCUUUAUAAAGUGAGUAUUCCUCUAUUUAAUCUCUUCUAUAAUAUACAACAUAAAAGUGCCUAAAUAAAUAUUGACAAAAGUAUCCAUUAACAUUAGAAAUUCCAUGGUUUCAUAUUUCAGGAUUGUAUAUAAAAGGCACAUUGAUCUGCCAGCCCAGCCUUGGUUUUGCUUUUAGAAUUUCCUGGCAGUUUCAGUAACCUUCAACAGCUACAGUUGUCUGUUCAGCUCUGUUUCCAUUAAUGAGAAUUGGGAUGUUUUAUUUUUCCCAGCAUGGGUCCCCUGUCAGGAGGGAAAAAUGUUGUAAACCAUCAUCAACUCAGUGUUCUUCAUAAAUCACUGACUUUUAAGACUAAUUUUAAAUCAUAUAAAUUCAGAACAGAUUUCAGCACAUUUAAUUGUAUUAAAACACCUCCCAGAAAGAAAAUUUAAAUUAAAAGGCAGUGAUACAGAGCACAUGAGUCUACCAACAAUUGCUUGCUGCCCAGGCUUGUGCCAAAACUUCUUAGGAUGCUAUGGAAAUUUACUUAAUGGUUUUUAUUAUUGAGUCAUUUUCAGAACCUUCCAAGAGAGGCUUUGUUGUUAGCAGUAUAUGCUUUGUUAAAAGAAGCAUGUAGAAUUUAGACAGCUUAAAGAAAUGAUUCAGUGAAUGCAAAAUGAACUCAGGUAGUAAGGAGGCAAACUACAUUAUAUCUAAUUUUUUCUCUUUUUGAUAUUUGUCAUUCCAGCAAAAAUCAUGAUGUGGUCCCUCUGCCUCAUGGAAUUUAUAUUCUAGUAGGGGAGACAGGUUAAUUAAAUAUAUUGCUCUAUAAAAAUUACCUUGUGACGUUGAGAAUGUGUUACAAAAAAAACAUGAUAUCUAAGCUGAAAUCAGGAGGAUCGAUAGGAAUUAACUAGAUGAAAGAUGGGAGUAAGAGUAGGAAGAAUAAUAUUUGAGAUAGUGGGCAUUUCAUGUGCAAAAAAUUUGCUAUAGUUGAUGAUUACAGUGUAUAUUCAAGGUAUUAAAAGAAAACUCAUAUAUCCUGAGAACAACAAAAGUGCAGGAUAGUGACAAAGCAGAGAGGCACAACAGAGAGGCAAGGACUAGACCAGAAGGCUCUGUAUUUCAAUCUUUAUAAACACAAUAGGAAGUCUUUGAAAGGUGGAGUGACAUGAUUGGAUGUGCACUUUGUAAAGAUAAAGCCGUACCUAAUGUGGCGAAUGGAUUAGAGCUGCCCAGUAGGGUCUGUAGGGCGAGCAGGUAAGAGGAGACUCUCAGUGUUUGGGGAAAAGUUGGUCCAGUAUUUUAGACUGUGGUGGGGAUGAGAGAGCUAGAGAGAUGUGCACAGAACCAAGGGAAAUUUAGGAAGCAUGCUGCUACAAAAUACUCAUCAUUGAUUUGUUCAUUAAACUCUUACUCUUCUAGAAUGAUUCGAGUAAGAAGUCUUCUUGUUAAUACAAUAUUAUAGUUAAUGGAUGCCUAUCAUUACAAUAUUUAACAAUGGCUAAACCUUUAGAAUGCAGAGCAACAUCCUGAAAGCUAAAACUAUGCUAAACAUAUUUUAGUCCCUUUUAGAUUUAGCUUGCAGGGGGGCACCUUAAAGUCAGCAGGGUCACCAUGUAAUGUUAUGGAGGCGGGAUGUGUGGGAGCAUGUGUUUGAGCUGGGUCUGCUGUGGCAUCAGGGCAUGUAUUAGUUCAUUUUCACACUGCUGAUAAACAUAUACCGGAGACUGGGCAAUUUACAAAACAAAGAGCUUUAAUUGGACUUACAGUUCCACGUGGCUGGGGAAGCCUCACAAUCAUGGUGGGAAGCAAGGACGAGCAAAUCACAUCUUAUGUAGAUGGUGGUAGGCAAAGAGAGAGUUUGUGCAGAAAAACUCCCAUUUUUAAACGCAUUAGAUCUUGUGAGAUUCAUUUACUAUCACAAUAACAGCCCAGGAAAGACUUGCCCCCAUAAUUCAAUCACCUUCCACUGGGUUCCUCCCAUGAUGUGUGGGAAUUGUGGGAGUUACAAUUCAAGAUGAGAUUUGGGUGGGAACACAGCCAAACCAUAUUAUUCCACCCCUGGCCCCUCCCAGAUCUCACGUCCUCACAUUUCAAAACCAAUUAUGCCUUCCCAACAGUCCCCCAAAGUCUUAACUCAUUUCAGCAUUAACUCAAAAGUCCACAGUCCUACGUCUCGUCUGAGACAAGGCAAGUCCCUUCCACCUGUGAGCCUGUAAAAUCAAAAGCAAGUUAAUUACUUCCUAGAUACAAUGGGGGUACAGGCAUUGAGUAAAUACUGCUGUUGCAAUGGGAGAAAUUGGCCAAAAUAAAGGGGCUACAGGCCAAGUGCAAGUCCAGAAUCCAGCAGGGCAGUCAAAUCUUAAGAUUCCAAAAUCAUCUCCUUCGACUCCAUAUCUCACAUCUGGGUCACACUGAUGCAAGAGGUGGGUUCCCAUGGUCUUGGGCAGCUCCAUCCUUGUGGCUUUGCAGGGUAUAGCCUCCCUCACAGCUGCUUUCACAGGCUGACAUUGAGUGUCUGUGACUUUUCCAGGCACACAGUGCAAGCUGUUGGUGGAUCUACCAUUCUGGGAUCUGGAAGAUGGUGGCCCUCUUCUCACAGCUCCACUAGAUGGCACCCCAGUAGGGACUCUGUGUGGGGCCCAGACCACACAUUUCCCUCUGUACUGCCCUAGCGGAGGUUCUCCAAGAGGGCCUCACCCCUGCAGCAAACUUUUGUCUGGGCAUCCAAGCAUUUCAUCUUCUGAAAUCUAGGCGGAGGUUCCCAAACCUCAAUUCUUGACUUCUGUGCACCCACAGGCUCAACACCAUAUGGAAGCUGCCAAGGCUUGGGGCUUCCACCCUCUGAAGCAACAGCCUGAGCUGUACCUUGGACUCUUAGUGGCAGCUGGAUCAGCUGGGACACAGGUCACCAAGUCCCUAGACUGUACACAGCAUGGGGACUCUGAGCCUGACCCAUGAAACCACUUUUUCCUCCUAGGCCUCCAGGUCUGUGAUGGGAAGGGCUACUGCAAAGAUCUCUGACAUGACCUGGAGACAUUUUCACCAUUGUCUUGAUGUUUAGCAUUUGGCUACUCAUUAUGUAUGCAAAUUUCUGCAGCUGGCUUAAAUUUCACCUCAGAAAAUGGCAUUAUCUUUUAUAUGGCAUUGUCAGGCUGCAAAUUUUCCAAACUUUAAUGCUCUGUUUCCCUUUUGAAACUGAAUGAUUUUAACAGCACUCAGGUCAUCUGUUGAAUGUUUUGUUGCUUAGAAAUUUCUUCUACCAGAUACCCUAAAUCAUCCCUCUCAAGUUCAAAGUUCCGCAAAUCUCUAGGGUGGGAUCAAAAUGCCGCCAGACUCUUUGCUAAAACACAAGAGUCACCUUUGCCCCAGUUCUCAACAAGUUCCUCAUCUCCAUGAGACCACCUCAGCCUUGACCUUAUUGUCCAUAUCACUAUCAACAUUUUUAUCAAAGCCAUUAAGUAAGUCUCUAGGAAGUUUCAAACUUUCCCACAUUUUCCUGUCUUCUUCUGAGCCCUCCAAACUGUUCCAACCUCUGCCUGUUACCCAGUUCCCAAGUUGCUUCCACAUAUUUGGGUAUCUUUUCAGCAGCACCAUACUUCUGGUACCAAUUUACUGUAUUAGUCUGUUUUCACACUACGGAUAAACACAUACCUGAAACUGGGCCAUUUAUAAAAGAAAGAGGUUUAAUUGCACUUACAGUUCCAUGUGACUGGGGAAGCCUCACAAUCAGGGCGGAGGGCAAGAAGGAGGAAAUGACAUCUUAUGUGGAUGGCAGCAGGCAAAGAGAGAGCUUGUAAAGAAAAACUCCCAUUUUUAAAAUCAUCAGGUCUUGUGAGACUCAUUCACUAUCACGAGAACAGCCCAGGAAAAACCUGCACCCAUAAUUCAAUCACCUCCUACCAGGUUCCUCCCACGGUGUGUGAGAAUUGUGGGAGUUACAAUUCAAGAUGAGAUUUGGGUGGGGACACAGCCAAACCGUAUCAGGACAUAUACAUCCAAGGAAUGACUUUUGAUAGAUUUCUUGUCACAUUUGUUUAUUUCUUCAAAACUUUGGCUCAAGCAUGUUAAAAACUCCAUUUAAUCUUUCAGGAUUUUUGGAAAUGUAUGAAGGGGUACGUGUUUAUAAACACAUAUACAUGUGUAAUUAUAUGGGUACUCACAUAAAUUUGAAGAGUCUAUAUAUAAAAUUUUAUAUAUGCUUUAUUUUUAUUUUUUUAUUUGUAUGUUUUAUAUUUUUAUUUCUAGCAUGUAUUUUUAUUUUUAUGUACACUUAUAACUGUAUAAUUUAAUUGCCAAAAAUUAUGUUAAAUGGGUAUCAGAAAAUUGUUACUAUCUGUUUGAUUAUAAAAAUUUUACCUACUUAAAUAAGCAAAUGACAUCAUGAAUUGAAUCAAGGCUGAAACCAAAUUUAUUAUUUUCUAAUUAUCCACAGGAUAAUGCUUUGGUCUUUUAAUUUUACCAACAGUAUUAGUUUUCACACUGCUAUAUAGAACUUCCUUGAGACUGGGUAAUUUAUAAAGGGAAGAGGUUUAAUUGACUCACAGUUCCAUAUGGCUGGGGAGGCCUCGGGAAACUUACAAUCAUGGCAGCAUGGGGAGCAGGCACAUCUUACAUGGUGGCAGGCAAGAGAGAGCAUGUGAAGGAGGAACUGCCAAACAUUUAUAAAACCAUUAAAUCUCAUGAGAACUCACUCACUAUCACAAGAACAGCAUGGGGGAACCAUCCCCAUGAUCCAGUCACCUCCCAUCAGUUCCCUCCGUUGACAUUUGGGGAUUAUGGGGAUUACAAUUCAAGAUGAGAUUUGGGUGGGGACACAGAGCCAAACCAUAUCACCUACUUAAUUUGAUUAAGUUACAGAGUAAACAUUUUGUUGAUUUUUUUCCUGCAAAAAUUAAAAGAUAAGUGUACCUUCUCUUAACAUAGUUGAAUUACAUGUCUAUCUGCUUUUGCUAUUUUUGCUGUUUUCCAGGAUAAAACAGGCAUAUCACUGUAUUGAAAUUUUAAAUUUUUUCUGAAGAAUACAAGCAGAAAAUUUUGUGGUAUACAAAUUGCUAUGCAGCAGAGAAUAUUCUACUUCCAUUCAAAAAAGAGCUGUUACUAACUAUACAUUAAAUGAGUAGAGGAUAGUUUAAUCUCUUACCCUUAUUCAGUGUUAAGUAAUUUAAAGAAAUGCAUAUUAUUAUUAUAGUAUUGGUAAACUAAGAAAAUUAAGUCAAAGUAUGAGGUGAAAUAUGCUAAAUGUCAAUGAAGUGUCCCUUGCCACUGGAGGCUGAGGUUAGGAGCCUCAUGAAAGUUGAGCUGUUACAUAAUUACAUGUAUAAUACACAUAUUGAAUUGGUGCCAAGGUAAAGAGAUGACCCACCAAUUCAGUCCCUCACAAGUGAAACAUCAGGUUGGCUGAGACAUUACACGCUGCAAGGAAAUAAAUUACUCACUCUUUGGCAGGGCAUUUUGUGCCACAGAGAAAUAAUUUUCUAAAGGGCACCUUGGUAGUAUGAAAGGAGGAUUUAAGAAGUUUCCAGAGAGAGCCAUAAACCCUUGAAGAUCCCCAGCCCCAUAGCCAGCUGACUGUGUCUGUGUGACAACUGAAAACAGGAGCUGUUUAAAGAUUUGGACACAGGCUACUAAGGAUGCUCAGAGGUCAUCUAGACUAAUUUGGUCAAAAAUCAGUGGUACCUAGAGUGUGUGGCCACUUCUUCUCAAAUAUCUGCUGUAACUAGUUCUUGACCAAUUUUUCCCACCAAAACUCCAGAACUGAUCAGGUGUAGUGGCUCACGCCUAUAAUACCAGUGCUUUGGGAGGCCAAGGCAGGAGGGUUUCUUGAGACCAGGAGUUCAAGACCAUCAUGGGCAACAUGGUGAUACCCCAUCUUUACAAAAAUAAAAAUAGAAAAAUUAGGUGUAGUGGUGUGCCUGUAUUCCUAGUUACUCAGGAGGCUGAGGCAAAACGAUUGCUUGAGCCCGGAAGUUCAAGGUUACAGUGAUUUAUAAUCAUGUUACUGCACUCCAGCCUGGGUGAGAGAGUGAGACCUUGUCUCAGGGGAAAAAAAAGAAAAACAGAAACAAAAAACCUGCCAGAGUAUGUUAUGCUCAUGACCUGGUUAAAACACCAGUCAUUACUACCCACUCUAAUGCCAUCUCACAUCCCUGAAGUUAUCUAUAUCUGCAAGUCUUCCCUUUAAUUGUAUUUCUGGAUAUUUAUUAUCCGAGGGAAGAAAAAGUCAACUUAGAAUAUUUAUCCAGUUUAUUGAUGAUAAUUCUGCUGAAAGUGUCAGUGGCCUUUAGUUGUUGAAGAACUCUAAGAGAUGAGGACCCAAAGUUGUCUGUUUCCCCCUACUCUACCUAGAUGCUUCAAAGGGACUUUUUAGAGCACCAAAUAAAUGACAAUAUGCAUUGCCUCGAAUUUUACUGUAUAGUAGUAUCCAAGGAAACUCUUUCUAGAAAUUCUUUAACUUUUGUUAACCAGAAAGAUAUGAGAACAUCCCUUUGGCUACUGAUUUUACAUUUGCCCCCAGAAAGCCCAUGGAUCAUAGCCUGAAACAAGCAAAAGGAAUGAGUUCUAUGUGGGAGCCAAAUUUCUAGCCUAAAUAUCUAAGUGUAUCUUUUUCCCCCGAAUAGUUAAAUAGUUCUAACAAGACCAAGGUUAAACACAACCCCAUAUAGUCUACAGUAAAUAUAAUGCCAAUACUUCGAAAUAGGUGUAUUAUUAGUUUUCAAACAUGCUACUUGAUUGUGUUCUCUGGUAGAUAAAAGGAUUAGAUAUCAAAAGUUAAAUUCACUACUUGAGAUUUUUCAGAAUGUUUCUCACUCCAAGUUUUGAAAACCUUCUUGGCUGCUUAUUCACCAUCUUCCUUCACUAUAUUUGCUGAGCCAGCCUUGGCCCGUAGGAGUCUUUCUCUAGGAGUAUUAGACAAGUUGGCAUUUGAUAAAUUUUCUGUCCUAACAACCCCCAUAGGCCCACUUUCAGAACUUGUGUGUUACUUGCAACACCCUUUCUCCAUUACAAUUAAAAUGUUAUUUAUUUUAAAUGAGGAAAUUGCAAAUUUUACUGAGAAUUAAAACAUUUUCAAUUCACAAUUACAGUUUUUUUUUUAAAGCUAAGCAUAUAUCUCUGAUUAGUGAAAGAUGGAAGUGAAAUGAAGGCAGGACUAAGGAUGGGAUGAAAGUUUAGGGAGCUGAUUAGGAAUCUGCUCAUUUAACAAGCAUGAAGGUUUUUUUCCUUAUUGUUCUAGCAUGGAAUGGAUUCUUAAAGAAUCAAGGCAGUUAUCAAGCUGAAGAAACUUAAUUCUAAGGAAUUUUGGCUUGGAUUCUCCAGAGUGGUAGUUUUCCAGGCUAAAAUGCACCAAAAAAGGUCUAUCAUGAGCUCCCUUUUGUGAUACAUGAAGGUUUCUUGAAACUGGCACUAGCUUUUCAGGAUGAUGUAAAAGCUUUAACUCUGCAUUCAAUCUUUUGGGCCAUUUUAUUUCUACCUUUUAUGGGCAAUGUUAAAUAAAGCUUCAAGUACUAUGAAGAAUAAAACCUGAUUGUCCUGGUCCCAGUCACAUCUUAAUGCUCUUUCCAGAAAGCUAGAACAGCAUAUUCUUCCUAGGUGGUAUGAAGAUUAGCAAAGGGAAAAAAAUGAUAGAAAGAGGCCAGGUGCAGUGGCUCACGCAUGUAAUGCCAGCACUUUGGGAGGCUGAGGUGAGCAGAUCACGAGCUCAGGAGUUUGAGACCAGCCUGGCAAAUAUGGUGAAGCCCCGCCUCUAUUAAAAAUACAAAAAUUAGCCAGGGGUGGUGGCAUGCGCCUGUAAUCCCAGCUACUCAGCAGAUUGAGGCAGGAGAAUUGCUUGAACCCAGGGGGCAGAGGUUGCAGUGAGCCAAGAUCGCACCAUUGCACUCCAGCCUGGGCGACAGAGCCAGAUUCCAUCUCGAAACAAAAGAAAGAAGCAGAAAUUGGAAUGAGAAAUCAAACAGAUUUUCUUGGUUGUCAACAUAGAACUCUAUUAAAGUUUGUGAUUUUAGUCCUGCUUCUGACACCGAGAUCUAUAAGUAGAUGGAGGAAAAACAAAAACAAAAACAAAAAACCCUCAACCUCAGAAUUUAAGAGGUAAUAGCCAUGUUUUCUUACAGUAGCCUCCAGGUGCCCUUGGCUCUCUGGCUUCAUUUCUACUGCUCCUUCCUGAAGUGUUCAGAAUUUCUUUCCAUAUUGCUCGUGUGCACUGUUACAGAUCCAGAUGCCUGCCACACUGCCCACUACUGAACUGUGAAAGGGCUAUUUUGUCCUGGAGGAAUUUUGGUAUAAUAUUUAUUGCCAGACUAACUUAAAUUCAUGGGAAGAGGGCUAGUUACUACAAAUAGUAAAAUAACCUGUUAUGAGAAUCCUAUUCUUAUUUAAAAUAGAAAUGAAUCUCAAGAUUAUAGGAUUCACCAUAUAUAUAUUAUAAAUACAAUACCUUAAAAUUUAAAAUAUAGUCAUUCCUAAGAAUUCUAAUUUGUUACGCUUAUUAUGUAAUUUUGUUCCAUAGCAUCACAAUUCAUAGUGGAAGGUAGAACAUUUAAAUGACUUCUCCUCUCCAGUGUUUCCAAAAAUUAUUGAGUGCCUGUAUAUUUAUAGACCACAAUGGUUACUUAAAAAUAGGCAAUGUCAUUUAAUGUUAUAUAAUUAUGAUAUAGGGCAGCACUAUACAAUCUAAAAAAUUGUUUUAUUAAGUCAGUCUUAUCUUUAACUUUAUCCUCUCUGACUGUGCUUAGCAUUUGAUUCUCAGAAUAAUUCACAUUUUACUACCCCAACAAGGCUAAGAAACUGAAUCUGUGACCUCGUUCUUUUCUGAUGUCCUCAAAACACCAGACACAACCUCUGAAUGUUUUUUCCAGGAUAUAUAGCAUACAGAAAGACUACUAAGGUUACAAAAGAAUAAUAGAGUAUUAAGGGAAGCAACAUUCAGCAAUUUUUCUUUCUACCCAGAACUAAAAAUCAUUUGCUAAAUAUGAGGCCCUCUAAUGAAUAAUACCUGGGUUAAUGCUUAGGAACAAAAGACCUUCGUUGAAGUUUAUAUUCCCCUCCAGCUCUAAAAUGUGACUCUGUUAAACAAUUGUUUAAGAAUACACAGUUACCUGUAUUUCUAGCUGUGUGACAAAAAUACCUCCAAGAACAAAUUCUGGAAAUUCUGACCCCGUUAAGGGAACAUAGAGUAAGCUGAGACAAUGUGGACUUCCUUCUCUGGAGCUGCAGCCUCCGUCAUCUGUAGCCUCUAUUUACCUUACCUCAGGCUUCCUUCAGUCCACUCUACUCUGUAACUGCCACCCUCUCUUCAAAACUUAAAAGAAUCUAGUAACCAAUUCAAAUUAUACACUUUUGCUUAUUCAAAGUGCUGGUGGUACAAAGUGUAUUUGCUUAUUGAAAGGAUUGACUGUAUUGGCAACCUGAUUAGGGAAUGUGGUAGGUAUGGAAAGGCUUUGAAAAGCAAUGAGAUUUAGUCAUGUAGAGUGUGAGGAUGAAAUCCUAACCGAAUGAUAUCUAUUCUCUACUUCCUGGGAAGGAGGAUCAGCCUGCAAAGCCUGCUCUGAGGGAUUCUGAGUAUAGAAGAAAAUCUUUCCUUACUCUGAGAUUUGUAAUGCCCUGACACAGGCCAGGACAGUGUGCAGCCAGUGCCCUCUCCAACUCUUCCUCCCCAACCUGGAGCACAGGGACCUUCACGAGGUGCUUGUUUGCUUUCUAAAUAAUUGAAAUUGAUUGAUAUUUAUUAGUGCUUUUCUUUUGUUAAAUUAGAACUUCCCAGCCAGUCACGAUGGCUCAUGCCUGUAAUCCCAGUGCUUUGGGAGGCUGAGGCAGGAGAAUCGUUUGAGGCCAGGAGUUCUAGACCAGCUUGGGCAACAUAGUGAGACCCCCAUUUCUAGAAAACAUUAGUUAGAUGUGGUGGCACAUGCCUAUUGUCCAGGCAACGUAAGAAGCUGAGGCAGGAGGAUUGCUUGAGCCCAGGAGUUCAAGGCUGCAGUGAGCUACAGUUGCACCACUGUACUUCAUCCAGGCUGGGCAACAGAGCAAGAAUCUGUCUCUUAAAAAAAAAAAAAAACUUCUCUACCCUAUCUGAUAUAACAUUUCAAAGAAAUAGAUCAUUAGGAUUUAUUUCCUUUACAAAU